UUAUUUAAAGAGUGAAUGAGGAGAGCGCAGUUUUUCAGCUGAGGAUACUGUCUGAAUCAAAUAUGUCUCACACUGUGACUCUCACCGGUCCCUCGCCGUGGGGUUUUCGUCUGGUGGGCGGACGGGACUUCAGCGCACCGCUCACCAUUUCAAGAAUAACACCUGCGAGUAAAGCAGCGCUGGCCGAUUUGUGCCCUGGAGACACCAUCCUAGCCAUCAAUGGAGAAAGUACAGAGACCAUGACACACAUGGAGGCUCAGAACCGCAUUAAAGCUUGCACAGAUCAGCUCAUGUUGGCCAUCAGCAGAUCUGGAAAGGUUUGGUCUCCAACUGGAAUAGAAGAAAACAAGACAAGUCCAUUCACCGGAACACUGGAGUCUGAGUCACAGACCUUUCGACCAAUCAGCAGCGGCUAUAGCCCCACUCCCAAGAGUCCAUCCCCCAAGAGUCCCAUCACAGCCACUGUGCCCUACAAUAACGGCAACUCCAGACCUAUGUACAACAAUCCAGCAGGCCUGUAUUCACACAAUAACGGAAAUGGUGCCCUACCGAAGCAGAUGGCAGGCCUCAGCCUGGGCUCCACUCACAGUUUCAGCCCUGAACUGCCAGUGAAUUCAUCAGGCAACCCCAAUGGUUUCGACACGCAGUCAGACGUCUACAGGAUGCUUCAGGACCAUGAGGAACCUGUGUCAGCUCCCAAACAAUCUGGCUCCUUCAAAUACCUGCAGGGAAUCCUGGAAGCUGAGGAUGGGGGGGUCUCACCCGUGGACAGACAUGGGGUCAGAGGCUUGCGUUCCCCUGUCAAAUCCCCCGUGCCAAAGCUGGGCAGCCCCAUUACGGCUCCUCUGGCGCCCAUCCCCGGCUUACAGAAGCUGCCACAGUGCACACGCUGCGCAAACGGCAUUGUGGGAACCAUCGUGAAGGCCAGAGACAAGCUCUAUCACCCCGACUGCUUCGUGUGUGAUGACUGUGGGCUGAAUCUAAAGCAGAGAGGAUACUUCUUCAUCGAUGAGAAUCUGUAUUGCGAGACGCACGCCAAGGCCCGUGUGCAGCCUCCGGAGGGCUACGACGUGGUGGCCGUGUAUCCUAACUCCAAAGUGGAACUGGUCUAAGCACACACACACACUCGUUAACCCAAACACACACACACACAGGUUUUCCUUGAGGAUUCAGCUUGGCGAAGUGGAAAUGAGAAUAACAAACUGAAAUUUCUUUUUCAGUCCCUGCUCAACUUUAACCUGGACUCUGUAGUUUGUUAACCUGCAGUUAACCUCAUACUGAAAUCGAGCAGCACUUAUUCCUAGGUUAGACAGCCUUCCUAACAUUCGUUUGGUGUUGCUUUAAGAGGAAAGUUUGAAACGCAAGAUAACAGAAUAGACAAAACAACAUCUGUUCACCUAAAUUCCAGUGGCACACCAGCGAUUUAUUUUUCUGAAAGCUGUGGUGAACUGAGGUGCUCGAAAAGACCACGAAGAAUGUCUCGAGCCAUGUGGAAAAUGGAAAUGGUGGUCAUUUAUUCAGAAAGUUUGGGACGGUGUGUUUAUUCUUUGGCUAAGAAGCCAAGACGUGUGUUUUUUGGGGGUUUUUCCGAUGAUCUAGCUUCUAUCACCAAAUCCAACUUUAUCUUUGCCGUAAACCAAAGAAAAGGAGACCGCAUUAGGAAAACUGCAUUUGAUUGGCUCUAAGCAAAUUUAUGCUAUAUGCAUGUUGCAUGUGAUUGUGGCACAGAUGUUUCUAGAUAACUCUAUCACACCUCCUUGAGUACUGAUGUCCGUUACUGCCACAGUAAUGCAAAAAAACACGUUAUGUACAAUAGCGCCACACGGUCCAAAUGUGUUGGCCAAGCAAUUCUGACUGCGUUUGCAUAUUUGCGUACUGAUGUGAUUUAAACUAGAUUUAUUUUAAUGGUUUGGAUGACUUCAUGUAAAACGAAACCAGAAUAGUAAAGUAGAUAUGCUUCUAUUUUUUGGGGGGGGCUUUUCUUUAAGUGGUGAGGCUUUUGUAAAUUCUGUAAAAAAUGAGAAAUGUUUGUCUUUCUAGUUUCUUAUGAAUUAUAUAUAUGUGUGGGUUUUAAAAACGUGUAACACAUAACUCUACUUUGUUGUAUUAAGGACCUUCUGUAAAUAAUUUGAAUGCUAACAGAUCAUCUUUCAACAGAAUACAGUUACUUAUAGUCAUUUGAAUGUAAUAAUUUGUCAUUCCAAGCCCUUCUGACUUUCUUCUGUGGAACACAAAUGAAUAAUGCUCAUGGUGUACAGAUGCAGUUAAGCUACUAAAAAGCAGCAUGAAAGUAUUAUAAAAAUAGUCUGUAUGGCUUGUGUGCUGCAGUGCGAGUUCUCUGAAGCCAUAUGAUAAAAUUGUGAUAAAAAGACCAAAAUUGAAGUCAUUAUUGUGUUGCAGGACUCAUAUUCCAUUUUCAAAACUGCUGAUAAUCACACUGGUUUAACUGUUUAUUUAUUCUUUAAAUUUUGUGACUGUUUCUCAAUUACAGUCAUGAAUGUGUAUGCAAAGUUUCGACGCACAGAAGUAAUAGAGUAUAAAUUGAACCCCAUUGGUUUCCAAAAAAAUUGCCAAAAAUCGACCAUUUGGAAAACAGCAAAUAGUCAGGUUAAAAAAUAUAUAUAUAUAUGUAAGACACACUCUGCAUUAAUGACCAGCAUUAAAAUCUUUCACUGCAGUUGGCCUGCUUCUUCAAAGCACUUCAUGCAGACAUAAGUUUCCAUGGUUUAAAUGAGCUUGUUUUCUUGAAGUAAGUUCACCCAGCUGAGAGGUUUGUAUGUAAAAUGAGAGGGGUUUGUGUUUUCAGCUGUCAAGGUCAAACUGUACUUCUGAUGCAUGGCUCUCGCUCAGUGGCCUCUUCAUAAUCAGAAGCAGAACUAGUUCUGCACUUCAGUUGCUUUUCACAUUCCAUUUCUACUUUUUCUCUACCCCUCACCAUCUCCAACCACAACGAGGGCUGUUGCAGUUCCUACUUGUGAAAUAAAGUGACUCAGUCUAAAAUGCGCAGUGGUUA